ACACAAUUAUACAACAUAACCUCAUAAUAUUAAAGUUGUCAAAAUUUGUAAACAACCCGUUUUAAAAUGCAUUUAGAGUGUUUAAAUACUAUAGACUGUAAUCAAGGGGCUGUGAGGGCGGUUAGGUUUAAUGUUGAUGGUUCCUAUUGCUUAACCUGUGGUUCGGACAAAAAACUAAAACUAUGGAAUCCCUACAAAUCCCUCCUACUAAAAACUUACGGCGGGCAUGGAAAUGAGGUAUUGGAUGCUUGUGGAUCAUGUGAUAGCAGUCAAAUUGUGUCUUGUUCAGCUGAUAAAUCAAUUAUUACAUGGGAUGUAUCGACAGGACAGCCUUUACGUCGAUUACGAGGACACGCAGCCUCGGUAACUUGUGUAAAAUACAAUGAGGAAUCCACAGUUGCCAUAUCGGGUAGUUUGGACAAUACAGUUAUGUGCUGGGAUGUGAGAUCAAGAUCACAAACACCAAUCCAAGUAUUAAAAGAAGCAAAAGAUUGCGUUACGUCGUUGCAAGUGACCGAUUUCGAGAUUUUAACUGGGUCAGUUGAUUGUUCUGUGAGGCGAUAUGAUUUAAGGAAUGCAUCCUGUCAGGCAGACUUUGUAGGUGCUGCGAUAACGUCUGUGAGCUUCACUCAUGAUGGGCAGUGUAUUUUAGUAGGUUCUUCGGAUAAUACUGUUAGGUUACUGGAUAAAAAUUCCGGAGAAAUGCUUGGAGAGUAUCAUGGUCAUCAAACGAAAGACAUGAGUGUUGAAAGUGGAGUGAUAACAAAUGAUAAUUUUGUGUUCUCAGGCUCAAUAACAGGCGAUUUGUGGUGUUGGGAUUUAGUAAGUGCAAAAGUUGUCAACAAGUUUGUUCACAAUCCUUGCAAAGUUUUAAAUUCGCUCAGUAUUCAUCCCAAAAAAGAUAUACUGCUAACUGCAUCUGUUUAUACCGUUAAAUUAUGGGGACAACAAGAAGAUUUGCCAAAGAUUAGUUCUGAAGAUUAAAUUUUUAUACUGAAUAUAUUGGUAAAAACACAAUAUUUUUUGCCUUUAUUUUUAUCAACCUCAUGACAAUGAGAUGAUUUAACACCUGAUAUAACUUUUAAA